AUGAGUCGAUUAAAUGCUGAGCGGAGAAGGAUGCCUAACGAGGAAGCUUCAGUCACAAGGGCAAUGCUCCACCAUCUGGAGAGGACCCAAAUUAACAAAGCCACAAUGAAGAAGCACAAAGUGCCGUGUAAAAAGUUUUACAGACAAAGGGCCCACUGCAACCCCCUCUCGGACAGCUACAUAAGGUACCCCGUGAACUGCAGCUACGUGGACUGGCGCGUGCACUACCCCCAUUUGCUCUCCCAGGGACGCGACGCACAAGCCGAAACGAUCAACAGUGUAGAAACGAAGCAUACUACCAACGUGGGGGCGGAAGGGCCCACUGGUGAAGGCUUCACUAAUGAAGGCCUCACUAAUGAAGGCCUCACUAAUGAAGGCUUCGCUGAUGAAGACCCCCCGACCCUCCAGCUAAACACGAACAAGUACCCCAUAGACUACAACCAAGGUCCUCCCAAAUAUGCAACCCAAGCAGAUGUCACCAUCCUAGACAUCGGAUGUGGAUAUGGAGGCCUGCUAUUCGAGCUGAGCAAAAUUUUCACAGAUAAACUUAUCCUAGGAAUGGAAAUAAGAGAUAAAAUUACAAAUUACGUAGGAGAAAAAAUCAACUCGUAUAGAAAAAACUACCCCCCUCAUUACCAAAAUAUUUCUGUUAUUAGGACAAAUGCGAUGAAGUUUUUGCCCAAUUAUAUAAAAAAAAAUCAGAUGAAAAACUUUUUUUUUGUUUUCCUGAUCCACAUUUUAAAAAACAAAAUUGGAGGAGAAGGACUAUCACUAUUGAAAAUCUCUCUCUGUACCAUUACCUACUAA